AAUCCUUGCUUUUAUUUUCUUGGUAAAGUAGGCUUCUUUUCUAUAGGGAAUUAUAAUCACUUCUAGCAGGUACUACAUCGAAGUAUUCAUAGGCUUUAUGAAAACUAGAUUCAGAAGUUACACUUCCUGACUUUAUUUUUCUGUGUAUAUGUAAUGGAGAACCAGUGAAUAACAUGUUUAAUGUACAGAAUUAUAGAUGGCUUCAGAAAGGAGAAGCAACACUAAAAUAAUGAUGUGUCUCUUUUAAAUAGAACAUAGGCUGGCUUUAAGUACGUACAUCCAAAAAGCCAUCUGAAAGAAAAUUUCUCUUUUCCUACCCACGUGGAAGUAUCCAAAAUCUGUAGGCAUUUUAUUUUCACCUUUUGUAAAUUCUUUAGCAGCUAACAUUUUUCUUUGCUUGCUCUGAACUGCCUUGAUGUGAGCAAUGAGGUGCUUUGCCAAUGCUGAAAUCCAGGAACGAGGUGGAAUGAGGCGCAAGUCCCUGGAGAACACCUAGUGAAUGUGCUCAAAGCAGACCUUGUGCAAGCUACUCAGAUAGGGCUCCCUGAAAACGCCAUUAGAGUGACUUCUUUUUUUUUUUUUUUUUGUGAAAAUGGUACAUAACUUCUGUAGUGGAGAAACUCAUGUGGCUCAGGAGGAGGUGAAGGGCUUGUCUCCAGUGUGUCCCAUACCCUUGCUGGAAUUAAAGCCUUCAUGUCCCAGGAGAACACACCAAGCACCAUCAGGCACUAGGUUUUAGCAUAUUCUGGGUGGAAAACUAUCCACCUUCCUUUUAAAGUUUUGCUCUUACUCAAAUGACUGCAACUUAAUAACACAAGAGGAGAAUUCAAGGACUGAUAACUUUGCAGUUCAAUAACUAGAACAACUUGUAGAUGAGUUCUGGCUUCCAGUCCCUGCUCCUAGGACUAUUCCUGUGUUAAUCUAGUGACACGUUAACAGAAAAGAAGUAUCUACACAUGGGUUAUUAUUAUUAUCCUAACAAUAAUGUUAUUUUACUUUAUAUCUUUCUGAUAGCAUGAAUCUUGCUUCACUUUUUAAAUAUCUGCCUAGAAAAGAAAAUAUGAAUAAAGUAAUUCAACUGUGAGCUUCCUUCCAGCUCUUCGGAGGGUGUUUCUGUGCAGCUUUUUCAUCUGAAUCGUCAGGCGUGAAAUUAUAUGUUCUUAAUUAUGAGGUGGCACGUCACAGCUUUUCUGUAAGAGCACUGCCACCUACGCAGCUCCAGGACUGUUUCGCGUUACUCCCUCGCUUGACCGCUACAGGUUGGAAAGAGGGUCCAGCCUGUUUCCAUCCGUACACUUACUGACAGUUUUAAACAUGCUGGAAAGGCGCUGCUGAUGGACCUCUAUUGCAUAUCCUGGUGGAUGUCUUUUUUUCUCGUGCAACGCCUCGGAGGCAGCUGGCUUUUGGCUCAGCCCUCCUUGCAGCCUGCAGCCUCAAUCCAGAGUUUCAUAAUAGGGGAAAGCCCCCCCCCAGUCAUAUUUUCAGAUUAUAUCCAUGCAAUCAAUCAUCAUGUGAUAUCGAUUAGGGGGGCUUAGCUGCAUUUUGCUCAAUGGAGACAGCUGCUGGUCUUCUGCGAGGAAUAGGACAUUCUGCCUGGAGCAGCGCUCAGCACAGUGACUGUUGGCCUGAAAUAAAGAGAGUGCUCAGCCCACAUCCAGCCUUGAGACACCUCAGGGAAAAGCUGGCUGCUGCUUGGGAAGCAGGACAGCCUCCAGAGUCAAAAGAUGAGUAAGUGCUUUGGCAGCGUGCUGCCCAUUUCCUUGUACAUGAAUGAUGAUGAAUAGGAAGGACCCUGAAAGACAUACCCAGGGGGCUUUGGUGUAUCUCCUGUGCCCCCCGAUAGGAGCAACUCCAACUUGCUGCCUUUUUUGCUUGUUGUUUUGUGCAAGUCCUCCAGAGCUGCAGACUGACAACUCAGUCUGACCAUGGAACGCAGCAAAAGCCUCGUGAGCCCCACAUGCAUUUCAAGCCAAAACCAUCGAUGCCUCAAGCUCCCCACACAGUUCUGCUGAAACAUGUGGGCUAGACCUAGGGGUUAGGAAACCACAUCUGUAGCUGCAGUACAGCAGCAAAUAUUUGGAGCUGAGCACCUGCGAUGACCGUGCUCCAGUUGCAGUGUAUAACUGUCUUUGGUCUCUUGGGGAAAAUCCACAUCCAGUGUUGGAGGGGCAAGGAGUACCCGUCUGAAUGAAGGAGCUGCUCCAGCUCAGUGCUCUUCCUUGCACAUGCCAGCAGUGUUGGCCAUACUGAGGUCUCCUAAGCAAGGCUGGUGGUGCCUUCACUUCACCUCCUCUUGCACCUUUUCCUGCAUGAGGUCAACGGAAAAAGCUCGUUCCCUAAAAUUCUCACCAUACGGGAGCAUCCUGGUGCCAGGGUCUGUUCCCAGAGCUGUGUAACUGGGACUCCUUCUGCGCUCUGGACCAAGGUCCUGUAGCACCUUGUCAGGCCUGCCACCUCCUAACCCACAAUCUGGGAGAUGCUCAAACCCCAGGACGGAAUGUGUGGCUGAAGGCCACCAUGUGUCCCCUCUGCUCUCUGGCUCCUGCUGACACAGGAGGGAAAACGUGCUGAGCUUUCCCAAGACAGACAAAGCGCCGGUGCUGAGGCAGCCCCUGCUGAGUGCAGCCCUCAGGCAGAGAAGCUGCUGGGGCACAGUCUGGAUCACUGCAUCUCUCUGGGAAGGCCUGGGUUAACGAAGAAAUAACAUGUUGUUGUUAUGGGCCCAGUUCUAUCACCUGCUGCAGGACUGUCAGAGCUCCCCACGAGACAGAGAUUAUCAGGUGGACACAAGUCUUUCAGUGCCUCUCUGAACGCUGCGUAUCAGAGUCUUACUUUCUGCUUUGUUUCUGUUUCCCUCUUGCUGUUACUCUAUGCCUUCUGCAGGUGCUUGCCGCGUCUUUGAGGGGAUCCAGCAGAGCAAGCUAAUGAGAUGCAUCAGCAUCAACAGGGUGCUUCCUCUCUGGGAGGGGAAAGAAGGGAAUUUCCUUCUUUCACAGUUUGUUUCAGAGAGUGAAAACCAGACAAGACUGGAUUGUGUCUCCCACAUUGCUGCGGAACCUGAAAAGCCAUUCUCCUGGUACUCUGCUGUUGAUCCUUGAUUUCUCCGGACAUGUUCUUUCUUCAGAAGUAAGCUGGGCAGGGAGCCAGACUACACAGCGAUUGGUUUUGAUUUAAGACAGGGCUGGACACAGCCCUCCAUCAGCGGAGGCGCUGCCAGAGUCGGCUCCUCCCAGGAGAAGGUAACUUUCACAGCUUUGGCUUUCUUCAGGGUGGUGAUAGGACUGGAAACAGAAGCUGGAGGGGAAAAAAGUGACUUGCAGCCAUGUGUAGAGGCAGGCCGCAGUGUUUCUGCCCACGGGGCUGACUCCCACAUUUCGUGGAUGUGACAAUCCCAGGAUGUAGGAAGUGUGUAGCCAAAUUCUUUGCUUGAGUUGAACGAGGUCUCUCACCAGCAGGAGGGAAUUUGGUAAUACCCUUAAAAGGCAAAAGGCAAUAAAUGGCAAGGCAGUUGUCUCAGAAGUGCUGGGGCAGGUAUGAACAUGCUACCUCAAAUUCAGGAGGCAGAGGAAGGCCUUUCCACGUUCCUGUUUCGCUAUGACUUGGUAAUUUAAUUCACUGGUCUCUCCGUUGGUUGUUUUCACACAUUGUGCUUCAUGUUUCACACAAUAUACAAAUAAAAAAAGUUUUUAAGACAGCAUACUUCGGUGAAGCACAGUGUCUGAUGGCUGACCAAUGCUGCUAAACCAUGUAGCAGUUCUUGCGAGAAAAACAGGAUGUUGACUAUGUGAACAUAUUUACACAGUGUACAGCCUUUAGAAAAAAAAAACGAGGGCGUGAAUGUGAGUGUGGAGCUGGCUGCAGCAGACAGGGGAAGAGCAAGAGUGAUUUGUUCGCGUCAGGGUACGGGGUGCAUUUUGCCAUGAAGUGCUAAGCGUGGUCUGAAACCUGCUCCCAGGAGCGAGUCGGUGCUUGGGGUGCCGUUUCUUGAGAAAGGCUCUGUUUUUCCAGCUCUCUCGGCUCUUGAGAUGGAUUACAUAGUUGUCCUGUUGUAGGCCUUGGCCAUGCCACGAUGGGCUCCCUCAGUGCAGCAAACACCAAGUUCUGCCUGAACUUCUUCAAAGAGCUGAGCAAAGUAAAAAGAAAUGAAAAUAUCAUCUUCUCCCCGCUGAGCAUCUCAGCUGCCCUGAGCAUGGUCCUGCUGGGUGCUGGAGGCAACACAGCCAAAGAGAUGGAAAAGGUGCUUCAUAUUCAUGAGAUGCUGAGCACAGCAAGUCCAGGAACCAAGAGAAAGAAAAGAACUGGAAAGUGUGAAGAAGCCGGAGGAUCCCAUUCUCAGUUCCAGGAGCUUCUAUCUGCCCUCAGCAAAUCUGGUGCCACAUGUUCCCUCAGCAUUGCCAAUGGGCUCUUUGGAGAAGUGACUUUUCAAUUCCUUCAGCAAUACUUAGACUCCACAAGGACCUUCUACCAUGCACAGCUAGAAGCGGUGGACUUCAUUAAUGCAGCUGAAGAGUCCAGAGAGAAGAUGAAUUCCUGGGUGGAAAAGCAAACCGGUGGGAAAAUUAAAGAUUUGUUCCCUCCUGGCUCUAUUGAUUGCACAACGGUGCUAACUCUGGUCAACGCUAUCCACUUCAAAGGGAAAUGGGCUGUAAAAUUUGAGGAGAAAAACACCAGGGAAAUGCCUUUUAGGCUGAACAAGAGAGAGCACAGGAACGUACUGAUGAUGUGUCAGACAGGAAAAUAUAAAUUAGCCUGGAGACAAGAAGAGCAAGUGAAAGUACUGGAGCUCCCGUACACUGGAGAAGAGUUCAGCAUGUUCAUUCUUCUGCCAGAAAACAUCUGUGAUGAGUCUACUGGCCUUGAACAGCUAGAGAGUGCUGUCACCUAUGAGAAAUUAGCAGAAUGGACUGAUAUGAAGAAUGUGUAUCCACAAAAAAUCACGUUGUACUUGCCCCAGUUCAGAAUUGAAGAGAGCUGUGAGCUCAUACCAGUACUGCAGGCUCUGGGGUUGAGGGAUGCCUUCAUCCUUGAGCAAGCUGAUUUCUCUGGGCUGUCAAGAAAGCCUGGGCUGUUCGUCUCCGAGGCUAUUCAUAAGUCCUUUGUAGAAGUUAAUGAAGAAGGCACUGAGGCAGCUGCUGCUACAGGGGCAGUUAAAGUACUGUUGUGCUGCCACAUUACUUAUGAGUUCAGAGCUGACCACCCGUUCCUCUUCUUGAUCAAGCACAAUCUGAGCAAGAACAUUCUCUUCUUUGGCAGAUGUUGUUCCCCCUAAGGAAAGGUUUUGCUUCUUUCUUCCCAAAGAGAGAACAAUAUUGUGGUAGAAAGCAGUAAGGCAUGAACAACAUGUUGCUAUCAAGUGUCACUGGCGUUUCCUGAUAUCCAUAGUCUUGAUCCCAAGAAAAAACACCAAGCUGCCUUGGCAAGACUACUGGAAAAAAUUAUAAUGGGCCUUUCCUAUUUAGAGCUCUUCUCAAAUGAGAGAACAACACUAAUUGAGCUUGUUUCAUUCUUUGCCAUGAAAACUCUCAGUGGAGUCAUGCUGUCUAAACAGUUGGGUGAAGUGCUGUAUAAACGAGAAGUCCAAAAUGAUGCCUUUCCUCUUCAGCUGUAUGGCAAAACUGGUGGUGGGGUGUUGCAGACCUUCCUUCCCAGCCACCAGGUCCCAAGGCAGAGACUGCUCAGUGCUGAAUCCCCCGCUUUCCUCCCUUGUGUCUCUGGAAACCCAGUGCCUUAAUGCCACCAUGAGGGGAGGCUUUUGGCUGCCAUGAUGGCAGUGAAAUCCACAGGUCAUGUGGGUGUUCUGAGUACAGCUCCACACAGACGUUGGGUGUAGAGAUACGUAGUUACAUUUGUCUCUCACUCUGCUCCUCAGGUACCCUCUCCAGCUCUCCCCUCUGGGAAGGACCUCUGAAGUGACAGGAGCCCUUCCCACAGGGGUAGAGACACAAAAGCUACCCCUGGGCAGAGGUAGCUGAUCUUCCCGUUCAGCACAAGGGAGAGAAGUCCCGCUCCUCUCUGGUGGGCCCUGGGGCGUCAUGGUCUUUGCCUGGCUGUGAUUUGGCAGUGAGCCUUUGCAGUGUGAUGCAGCACCUCCUCAGAGAGUGCAGACUCAUCAGCGUUGUGCUGUAAGGGAUACCUAAGAAAGCCAGAGCAGUCCCAUUUCCCUGCUGUGCAAGUCCAAGACACAAACACCUUCACAGUGAUGCCAGCUCUCUGACUGACAAAGCCUGGGGAGGUUUCAGGAGGAACCCAAUAACCCUGCAGUGACGUCUUGUCCUCAAGAAGUUGGUUGCACCUCCUUUGUCCUCAUCUGUGCCAUGCUUGUGUGUCCUCUUCUGGGGACAGCUGGAUAUUGCUUUCUUCCCAUUUUUUUCUCCUGUUGCAAGCAUCAUGUGUAGACACAUGGUCUGACACAUUGCAUGCCAUGAGCGUGUGUGGUUUCCCAAAGCUUUAUACGUUUAUAACAGUGAACUAUAGCACAGAAGUAAUUUUAGGUGUAGUAAGUACUGUAAUAGUACUAUUAAACUGUAGUAGCUUGCUUAACCCCACAGUGUGACAGCAAUAAAGGUACUCAAAGCAUUUAAUUGAUCUGGCUUCUUGAAUCCUCAUUUGAAAGAUGCCUUAGGUGCUCAAUGCUUUUGAACCUCUUGACACGUCUUGUG